AUGAGUCGGCCCGGAAAGCUUGCCCCAGAAGUCAACCGAGCUCUCUUCGUAAAGAACCUGAGCUACAACGUAUCCCCGGAAGAGCUCUUCGACCUGUUCGGCAAGUUCGGCCCUGUUCGCCAAAUCCGCCAGGGCAUUGCGAACAACACCAAGGGCACCGCAUUCGUCGUCUAUGAGGACGUGAUGGACGCCAAGCAAGCCUGCGACAAGCUCAACGGCUUCAACUUCCAGAACCGCUACCUCGUCGUACUAUACCACCAGCCCGAGAAGAUGUCCAGGUCGAAAGAUGACAGCAGCAACCGUGCGUCCGAUCUAGAACCCGGCAAGACGAGGAAUGGCGUCGAAUAG